GUUUAAAAGCAUUUCUUUUUCAUUUCAUCUUUUGAGCAAUAUACAUCUUUAAUCGAUAAAAAAAACACUCACACAUCAUUACUUUUGUUAACACGUCUGCCAACUAUUUAUUUAUUUCAAAUAUAAAUGACUACUUUGGACAACCCCGACAUUAGCGAGAGCUACAAGAGCACCACCAGGCCCCUGGACGGAACCUUAAGUCAUCUGACGGAAGCGCAACAGCAGGCGCUCAAGGAUUUGUGGCCCAUCAAAGUGACGCGAGACCAAGUCAAGGCCACGCAUCUAUCAGUAGCCGGAAUAUCCACAAGCGAUGCCCAGGCGGUCGACGAAUGGUACGCUGCCAACAAGAAGAUAGCAAGCGAUCCCAAACUGCAGACAGUCCAAGACAAGAUGUAUCUCUCGGGGGAGCGCGAAGCCGUGGUGCCAGGGAAAUUCAAGCCGCUGUUCAGCGAUGAUCGUGGGACGAGGCUGUUUGCCAAUACGUUUUGGCAAGCGUGCAUGCUGCAUGAGAGCCCCGACGCAUAUCUGCUGGGCUUCCUGAGGGCCUCUGUGUGGAAGGUCGACCAGGCGUUCAACCGCGUGGUGGUUUCAGUCGGAUGGCGAGCAGCACAAGCCAUUGAUGAGCUCAUGUGGGAGGGCGAGUUGGGUAUGCAUGACAAGCUUCUCAACGACGGGGUUCUUUUCCGCACAGGAUACGAUAAGCUUGGAUACCCGAUCAACAUUAUCCGCGUCAAACUCAAUAUUCCCAAGGAGCGCGGCGAUGGGGUUGUCGAGCGGUACGCGGCGUUUGCGCUGGAGCAGACGUCGAUUAUAGCGCGCGAUAACGGUGAGAGAGCAACACUCGUCUAUGAUUUCGAUGGGUUCGGAUUGGGUAAUGUUGACAAGGGGUUUAUCAAGACCCUGCUUACGUUUAUUAACGACUCAUAUCCGCAGCUGUUCAGCGCCACCAUCCAAUACGUUGACUCGUGGCUAUUCUCGGGUCUCUGGAAGGUUAUCAGCGGGUGGCUUGACCCACAGAUUGCCAAGCGCACGGUGAUCUCCAAGAACAUUGACCAGCUGGAGAACUUUAUCGAUAGGGAUCAGAUUAUCACCAGGAUGGGCGGCAGCAUGGAUUAUACAUACAAGUAUGUGUAUCCGACCAAACAGGAGAACAUUAAAAUGUUUGACACCAAGAGCAGGCUGCGUGCAGAGAGCGUUUUGAAGCUGGCUGUCGACGCAAUUCUGCAGACUACGAAGGACUGGGUUGCGAAGCCCGAUGUCGCUGGAUACAUCGAUCAGCCGCGCGCCCAGGCCACCGAUGCUUUCCGCUCGGCUACUUUGGCCCUGGACCCCUACAUACGCGCGCGCUUCCUUACCGAGCGCACUGCGUAAUAAAGCUAAACAAUUUCUUUUUUAAGUUUUUUUUUUUUUGCAAUUGGCCCAG